AUGAAUAAAGAUCAAAUUGGAAACUACCCAGAUUUGCAUGUGGUAAUUUAUUUUGGAAUUGACUACUGGCAGAUUGGGUACCGAAACGAUACUGGUACUUGGAUAGAACUUAAGAAUCAGAUAGGCGAGACCAAGACCCCCAACUGCAUUGCUUACAACAACGAUGGCUUUGUUCUUGGAACAUUAGCACUAAUCGGCUAUGAUGAAAACUUGUCCAACACUGUGUUUAAUUUAGAUAAACUUAUUGGGCAAGGUCUCAGCGAUUAUCAAAAGAUUUUUAGCAAUAAUGAGCUGGUUGAAUUUAAAGAAUCUAAUGAGAUUUUAUUCAUUCUAAAAAAUGACUUAAACACAAUCAUGAUUUCUCCAGAGCAACUGGUAUCUGAAUUUAUCAAGCAAAUGUUUAGUCUAGCAAGAUGUCAGUUAAAUGAACACCAAGCUAAACUAACAAUAAUUAUACCUGCCCAUUUCAACAACUGUCAAAGAUGUUUAGUCAAAAAAGCUCUUGAGAUGGCAAAUCUCGAAAUUGAGUCAACUGAAAUGAUUUCUGAUUUACUUGCAUUUGACAGGGGAUAUUAUGAUAUCAAUCCUACUCAAAAAUUGGAAUUAAAAAAUUCAUUAAUUAUUGAUUUUGAAUCAUCUUCAACCAACAUUGUACUGCUUUACGAAAAUGAAGAAAAACUUAUUCUAAAUGACACUUUGAUAUCGGGAAAUACUUUAGCUGAACUUUUCAAUCAUGCACAGCAACAAUUUUUUCCAGGGGACACUGUAAAGUUAAAUCCUAAAGAAUUUAUUUCGGAUGCCAAAUACAAUAUUUAUGAAUAUCUUGAAAUUCAUAGUUUCCAAGUCAACUAUUGA